CCAAUAUUGAUGUUUAUAUUCCGUAAACAAUUUUUCAUUUCAUGACGGCGGGAAGUACUGUACUUUAACAAAUAUAAUUUUUCAAUAAAAAUAAUUAUGGAUAAAUCAAAAGGAACAGUAAUUCACGACAUAAAGUAUGAAAAGUUCAUGACAUGGCUCCAUGAGAACAACUUUCCAGAAUCGAAGCUCACAUUGGCCAACUUUACUAAUACUGGCCGAGGUAAUUUUAUAUAUUUUAUGCAUCAUCAGUAAACUUAUUUUUGAAAAAAGGUAUGAUGGCCACCAGUGAUAUUGAAGCUGGAGAAGUGAUUGUGUCUGUGCCCAGAGACUUUUUGAUUACAAAUGACAGCCUAUCCAAAACUUAUGGCACGAACCAUUCGCUUAGUUCCCAUCAAAUUUUAGCUUUGCAUCUUGUGCUACUAUUACGAGAUAAGCAGUCUUGGUGGAAACCUUAUAUCGACUUAUUACCAAUGCAUUUCAAUACGAUGCCAGUAAAAUAUGCGAAAGUGUUGGUUGAUCAUUUGCCGUCUGCUCUAAAAGAGGAGACGUUACAACAAAAGGAAAACAUUCGAACAGAUUAUCUGGCCUGUACAAAAUUCAUACAGUCCAGAAAGGAAAAGACGGAUCCUAUCAGUGCAGAGGAAUAUGAAUGGGCCUGGCUUUGUGUGAAUACGCGUUGCAUACACAUGACCAAGAUGGAUAACAGAACGAAAGGGGGGAAUAUAGCAUUGGCACCUAUGCUUGAUUUCCUUAAUCAUACGACUGAAGCAAAGAUCGAUAGUGGAUUUAACGUCCGAAAGCAAUGUUUUGAAAUUAAAACCUUAACCCCUUACAAAAAAGGGGAGCAAGUAUAUAUAAACUAUGGCCCUCAUGAUAACUUAGCUAUCCUAAAAGAGUAUGGCUUUGUCUUGUCAGAAAACAGUUACAACUUUGUAUUAUUGGAUGAAGAAGUAUGGAAUCUGUAUUCCGAAGUUGAAUCAAAGCGAGGACUGGAAAUAAAAAAGCAGAUUUUGGAAGGAGCAGGAUAUUCCGGGGAUUACUCUAUCAAAGCAGAUGAAAUUUCAUUUAGGCUUAUGGCCGCACUGCGAUUACUGGCUCUUAAUGGAACACUGGAACCUGGCUUUGAUCGACGUGUCAUGGACUGGCAUGACGUCGUAAUGGGUCAGACAGAUUUGAUUAGCCCCGACAAUGAAAGAAAGGCUCUUAUUAUGCUCCAAUCUAUAUGCCAGAAAGUAGCCAAGCAAGCCAAAAAUGAAUUAGCAAUUCUUUCGAACAUUACAGAAAAAUAUCCUGAGGCUGGAUUUCAUCCGUUUGCAUUAUAUUUCUUGCGUCAAAUAUGGAAGGAGUCGAGUGAAAUUGUGGAACAAACCUUGCUUUAUUUAAAUGACAAAUUAUCGAGAUUAUAAAAAAAAAAGCAGAUUUUAGACAAAUGGAUAAGUUUAUUCAAUACAUUGCAAGAGGAAAUUAUAUUCUGUUAAAUAUGGCCAUCAAAAGAGCAAGGCAUUUAUUUGACACUGCUGAGGUUUUUUUAUUUGGGGGUAGGUUUAGGAUAAGGCCUUGGAUGGGCGGGUCUGGUAGGUCUGUCUGGAGGCAUGGCUGUAAAAAAAGUUUGAUAGUUGAGAUGAUAUAUUUUAGUAAAGAAGCGAGUAAGACUUUUAUAAAUAAACUCUCCUAAGC